AUGGCGCCCCGACCGGAGUUCACUACCGAGCAGGUCCGCGGCAAAGCCCGUAAGGACUUGCUCUACCUUCUCGAAGGCGUUCGCGGCAAGAAAAACCUCGUCUUUGAUCGCAGCUUGGUAGGGCCCGUCGGGCUUAUUGUCAAAGUCGCUACGCUUCAGGAAUACGGAGUCGACAAGUUCUUUGUCUUGGAAAACAACAAUGUCGACGCUAGCCAGCACAAUAUUGUCUUCAUCGCCCGAGGCGAAUGCGCACGACAAGCUGACGCUAUCGCGAAGCAAAUCAAGCGAGUACAGCGCGAAAGCCAAACCACUCACGAGUUUCAUGUCUGCUGGGUUCCGCGCCGCACCUUAGUCUCCGAUCAAAUAUUCGAGGAAGCCGGCGUCCUUGGCGACGUCAAUGUUUCCGAAAUCCCCCUCUCAUUCUUUCCUCUGGACAAAGACGUUCUUUCACUGGAACUGGACGAUGCCUUCCGAGACCUCUACCUCCACAAAGACAUCACCCCCAAUUACUUGAUAGCCAAGGCGCUUAUGGACAUUCAACAUGUGCAUGGCCUGUUUCCUAGAAUUAUUGGAAAGGGCGACAACGCGAGAAAGGUUGCAGAUCUCUUGAUUCGGAUGCGACAAGAAGCGUUGGCGGGUCAAGCUGGAGAUGAUACUGCCCGCACCAAGCUAACACCAAGCUUGACCAAUGACAGCGUCAUUAUUAUCGAUCGCGAGGUUGACUUUGUCACACCACUCCUAACUCAGCUGACUUACGAAGGCCUAAUCGAUGAGCUGUUCGAGAUCCGACAUAACCAGACAAAGGCCGAUACCACAAUCGUGGGACCCGGAGCUCAGUCGUCCAAUGCAUCGCAGAACAGGAAACGAAACAUCGUUUUGGAUGGAAGCGAUAAACUUUACGGGGAGCUCCGCGACUCCAACUUUGCGGUCGUCGGAAAUCAGUUAAAUAAAGUUGCUCGUCGGCUGCAGCAGGUGCAGAGCGACUAUGAGGCAAAACACAAAACCAAGACCCUUGCCGAACUCAAAGACUUUGUCAGUCAGCUACCUGGAUACCAGCAAGAGCAUCAAAGUGUUCGCCUCCAUACGGGUCUGGCGGAAGAAAUUAUAAAACAUACCAAGAGCGAUCAGUUCAUCGGCUUACUAGAGGUCCAGCAAAAUCUUGUUGCUGGAGCGGACCCCUCUUCUCAGCUGGAUGGUAUUGAAGAGCUUAUAGCAAGAGAGGCGCCCAUUCGCGAAACGCUGCGACUGCUGUGCGUGUACUCUUGUAUCUCAGGCGGCAUAAAGCCAAAAGAUUUCGACCAGUUCAAACGUCUGAUCCUGCAAGGCUACGGCUACCAACAUAUGCUCACCCUCAACAACCUGGAAAAGCUGCAGCUCUUCCUUUCUCGCUCGUCUCCCCUGGCGGGAAUGAUACCCAUGGCUGCCAAUGCUGGCACGGCUGGGACGAAGACAAACUACACCUACUUGCGAAAACAACUUCGCCUGAUUGUUGACGAGGUCAAAGAGGAUGACCCCAAUGACAUUGCAUACGUAUACAGCGGCUACGCCCCGCUAUCUAUCCGACUUAUACAAUGCGUUCUGCAGAAGCCGUACCUUCAAUCCAUCACCAAGGGUAAUAGCGCGGCAAAUGCUGGCAACACCAUGGCAGCCAGCGGGUCCCACGGUUGGCACGGAUUCGACGAAGCUGUCAAGCACGUUCGUGGGGAAACUUUCUACGAAAUUCAAAAGGGAGAGGAUAAAGCUGUGAAAGCACGCGCUCUUCUCUCCAGCAGCGGAAAUAAGCAGACAGUAUUUGUGGUUUUCGUUGGAGGCAUCACAUUUACAGAGAUUGCUGCUCUGCGAUUUAUUGCAAAGCAAGAAGAAGAGCGACGAAAUAUAGUCAUUUGUACCACUUCAAUAAUCAGUGGCAACAGGAUGAUGGACGCCGCGAUCGAGAAGGCAUCCUACGUCAGGGUAGAAGACGAAUCUACUUCCUCGCCUUAG